CCAGGUUCUCUACUGUUGAGUCGUUACUCACUGUCCCUUACCAUCUUUCCCACUUCAGUACCGCUACCCACCUGUUUGUUCCAGUCAUCGUGAGCUUUACCAAAUCUCAAAACUCAACUCACUCACCACCUUGUGUCUCUGGAGCAACCAUCGACCAUGUCCUCUGGGGAGAAACCGGCCACGGGGGCCGAUACCAAGGCUGACGAGCCGAGCCAGGUCGUUUAUGCCGAGGGCGUCGACGGCCUUCUCAGGGACGGCGAGGUCGCCAGGGUCGUACAUACCGACGGUACCGUUGACCUGAUCGAUGCCAAAGCUAUCGGUGGUGACUUGGAGGUGAUGCCCAAGGGAUACUUCCUGAGCGCCAACUUCAUCUGCACUCUCAUCGCACAAUGCUUGGCAAGCAUUUGCGCAUACCUAGGUUGGGUUCUGCCGGCGAAUACUCUCAUGCUCAUCAACGCCGAGCUCGGCCCCUCCGCGAAUAUCAGUUGGGUGGCCACCCUCUGGACCAUGGGAAGUUCCAUCGGCUUCCUCCUCGUCGGCCGUCUUUCCGACAUGUACGGGCGUCGGUGGAUCGUUCUCGGCACCACCGUCCUCGGCCUCAUCGGCUGCAUUCUCGGCUCCACCGCACAGAACGUCGAGAUGCUCAUCGCCGCCAACCUGUGCAACGGCAUCGCGGCGGCCGGCCAGCUCUCCUUCGGCAUCUUCAUCGGCGAGCUCGUCCCCAACAAACUGAGGGGUCCCGUCAUCACCCUGAUCUUCCUGUCGUCGCUCCCCUUCGCCGUGUUCGGUCCCGUCAUCGCCCGGACGUUUUUCGAGAACACCGCGUCCAAGUGGCGAUGGAGCUACUUCCUCGGCGACAUCCUCGGCGUCAUCGCCCUCGUGCUUUACUGGUUCUUCUACCACCCGCCCACAUACGACCAGCUCCACGUCCAGGGCAAGACCGUGUGGCAGACGACCAUGGACCUGGAUUUCGUGGGCAUUUUCCUCUACGUUUCAGGCUGCGUCCUGUUCCUCAUCGGCCUGUCGUGGGGAGGGGUGGCGUACCCCUGGGCGAGCCCGCAGACGCUCUGCACCUUGCUCAUUGGUGUUGCCUUGGUAGCCGCCUUUAUCGUUUAUGAGGGUCACUUCUGCAAGGUGCAGCCCCUGAUGCCUCCCAGAAUGUUCAGGAACAUCGGCUUCUCGGCCAUUGUGACCAUCGCCACCAUCGGAUCUAUGGUGUACUACUCCCUGACCGUCUUGUGGCCCGUCAUCAUCGGAUCCAUCUACACGACCGACUCGAUGGAGAUUGGCUGGCAGAGCUCCGUGGUGGGUGGCGGCAUGCUGUUGGGGCAGUCCAUCGCGGGCUUCUGCAUCUCGUACGUGCCCAAGGUCAAGUAUCAGACCAUCACCGCAAGCGCCAUCUCCUUGGCGUUUAUGACGUCCAUGAUCACCAUUUCGGAGGAUCGGUGGGCGGUUACCAUUGCCCUAGGCACCGUGGUCUGCACGGCCAUCGGUUUCGUCGAAAACAUCUCCUUCCCCGGCGUUACACUCCUCUGGGAGGCGCAGGACAUCGGCCUGGCAACGGGCAUCCUCGGAUCCAUUCGUGGCAUGGGAGGCGCCGUGGCCCAAGCGCUGUACGGAUCCGUGUUGAACAACGAGCUGGCCAAGCGGAUGCCGGAGGCGAUAGGCCAGGCGGCGACGGAGGCCGGACUGCCCGAGUCGAGCGUCGAAUCGCUGCUGGUGUCGAUGGGUGCAGGAGACUUCAGCGCGGUGCCGGGCAUCACCGAUAGCGUCAUUUCGGCGGUGACCAGCGCGUCGAAGAUGGUGUACACGGAAAGCUUCCGGAUGGUGUUCUACACGACGAUCCCGUUCUCGGUGGUCCUGCUGCUCAGCUCGAUCCUGGUGCCGAACAUGGAGAAGUACCUGAGCCAGAACGUGGCCAAGAAGCUACAGAGUGGCAAGCCGGAGAAGAUGACGGCGGCACAGGAGGCCAAGAACAAGGUUGAAAUGGCGGAGACGGUCUAAUGAAUUGGGAAUGAUACCGUGAUACCAUGAUACCACUCACUGGCCCUUCGAGAUGGGGGAUGAUGUUGUGAGUGCGAGGAGGGAGGGCAACAGGUGGACGAGUGAAGGAGUGGAUGGAGCAACAGACAGUGGUACGUAGUCCUAUUUGUAAUUCUAGGAUUGGAAUAAUUAGUGGUAAUCGUGAUUUGAAGGCAUUC